AUGGCAACCACUCAAGUGUUAUUUGCCAGUAGCACUGCCGUCCUUCUGGCACCCAAAAGCUCGCUAGGGGUCCCUAGCUUCCAAGGCCUUGCUGGAGCUAAGUCCUUGACAUCUUCACCGAAACUGGUGGUUUCCAGAGCCCGCAACAGCAGACGGACUGCAACACGGACACUUGUUGUGGCAGAUUCUGAUUACAGGAGAGAGGGUGGAGGCGGGUUUUUACCUGGCUUCGUUCUAGGUGGCGUUGUAUUCGGUGCCCUCGGCUACCUGUUCGCACCGCAGAUCUCAAAGGCCAUUCUCGGGACAAACGAGGAGGGUUCGUCACCGAAACUUCCGAAGUGGAUUAGCGAGAGUGAUAACCUCGAGGAGAAGCGGAGGAAAAUGAAUGAGAAGCUUGCUGAGCUGAACCGAGCAAUUGACAAGACAUCUGCAGAGCUGAAGGGAAGUGACUUCGCUGAAGCUCCCACCAAUAGGCGCACUCCUAACGUCGAUCACAUCGAGGCCAUCUAG